GCAGAUACACAACAGACAAGCGACACACUGUUUUGGAUUUUAGUUUCAUUCCCGAACGGCUCAGACAAUUUCAGCAUUGCCAUGUCGGAAGUGAGCAACCAGCUGCCAGCAGACCCCGUCUCUGAGGUUGGAGUAAUCGCUUCACUCCACAAGGCCCCUGAUGGUUACUAUGUUGUUGCACAAACAACAGAUGGCUCCGACGCCGACCUGUGGAAGGACGGCUUAUUCAAAUCGAAGGUCACACGCUACCUCUGUUUCACCAGAAAAACUGACGCCGACGUUGUUGUGGACGUGAAGCUGAUUGACGUUAAGGACGCAUUGCCAGAGGGCUUCACACCUGUGGAAGAAACAUUGGACACAAAGGAAACUGCCAUGAGGAAGAGGAGGCUCUGUGUGAGAAUCAUCCCGCGUGCGGCUGCUGUGACGGCUGUAUACGACAUCCAGAUCACUGCAAAGUCCAAGCACCAUCUCGUGAACUACACCUGCGUAGGGGAGAUAAACAGUAUGGGGAUAUGGUACCGAAUGGGAGACGUUUCUCAGCCCCGGUCCUCCCUGGAAACGCCCCGGACCGCUCGCGGUGACGCUCCAGCCAACGCGGCGAGCAGAAGAACCACGAGCAGGCCGGACUAUGAGCACCAGAGCAGUGGGAACUACACCAUGAUGGCUCUGGACGACGUGCCCUUUGUGAUCCCUGAGAAGUUUUAUGAAAACCCCAAAGAGAUGCAGCAAGUCAAUUUAAUGGGCAUUACGAUCAAAUCCCUGGCAGAGAUCGAGGAGGAAUUUUACUACAACUUCACCACAGAGCUAAGCAUUGCUGUGCGACCUCCCCCCAGCAGCCACACCCGACAGACUGAAACCCUACAGAUGGAUUACUAGUGAAAUAAUGUAGUAUUGAAAUUAAGAAAAUGGUCGGGAUGCACCAUAAUUGUAAAUUGUGUAAUUUAAGACGGAUAAAGAAUUUAAACGAUGAUUCAAUAGCUCAUGUAUUUUGUGAUAAUGUACAACUGUGCACAUUAAGUUUUAGAAGAUGUUCAACUUAUUAAUCCUGACUUUUCUAAAAGUUUGUUAUGUGUUAUCUUGCUCCGAUAAUAUCACAAUAAAUGCCCUGCCCAAAAUAAACCAAGUUAAUUAAUA